ACUUCCACCAUGAGUGCACCUUCAAUGCUAGUUCAUCUAUCUGUCGCCUUUGUCGCUGUGGUAGGACUGCCCCAGCAUGACUCGCGGUCAUUUGAAGGAGAUUUGUCUGCAUUGAAUAACCUAGAAGCUGAACCAAAAGUGGGAUCUGUCAUUCCUAUGUUAGAUCAAGAACUUCAAGAAUGUACUGAACCUUCCAGUUUGUCCAGAGUAACCCGAAAUGCUGCAGGAACAUCAGGAAAACACCCGCUAUGUUGUGGAAACGGACAGUCGUCUGAAUCUGAGAAAGAAACUCCUGGAUCAUAUAACGAAUGUGUAUCAGAAAUUACAGAAGGUGCCGGCGAGGGAGAUGGACACAAAUAUAAAAUGUGUGCAACUGCUCAAUGUCUUGCUAAGAAAGUGGGAGUGGUCGACAGCGACGGCUUCGUGUUAGAAUCGGAGUUUCUGAACAUUAUUGAUAAGACCUUCAGCGAAGACAAUUUGAAGGCCGUAGCGAACGAAUUGGUUCCGGGAUGUGUCGCUCAGGCUAACGAAACAGCGAAAGCAAUAUUGGACAAGAGAUCUGACGAAAAGAAGUGUAAUUUGGCACCAACUUUAGUUUACAAAUGCGUAAGAAUGGGUAUUACUCUGAAUUGCCCAGCAGACCUAACAGAUAACAGCGAGGAGUGUGAUACAUACCGAAAGGAGCUUCUAGAGUUGCAGAAAAGCAAACAAAAACAAACAAGUAAUUAAAUAUAUGUAUGCCGACUGACAGUGGAUUGUACAUUACAUCAUAUACUUUAAAUAUUAUACCACCGCUGUUAUUAUAAUGCUAACACUAAAAUAAACAAAAUGGUUAAUA